CAUUUUGAGGCGGUUCCCUCUCUUGCUCCUGUUUUCCCUGGUUCUUCUUGGGCUGCAUAUAAACUUGGACAAUCCAAUCUUAUGGGUGCAAUCAAGGAACCUUGACUUCUACCACUACUUGUCGUCUUUGAACACAAUGCCAGGCAUUAACAAGCGAGUACACUGGGCUAGUACGCCCUCACCUCCAUCAUCCAUCUCCUCUCUGCCGUCCUCGCCCGGUCCCUUAACUCCUCCCCAACACUCGUCGGGGCCAUACACAUACCAAGCAUUACCUUUACCGGGCUUAACACCCACAGAGGUUCAUCCUGCACUGGGCUCACAUGCCCUAACCACUUUGCGGUGGGACUUGACUCUCCAACCUAAUGUAGAAACUAUGCACGUCGAUCCACGUAUCUUUACCGCGGCUGUGACCAAACCUCCCCUCCCGUUCAUCAUCAUCAUCGUCCCUGAAUUGGGUUGGGAAAUCCCAAUUCAACCCCAGGGAGGUAACCCAUUCAUCACGGUAUGGGACGUCGUACAAGGAAUCUACCGUUUCCUCCGAGAACCGAUCACCCAGGAACAAUAUGCGCGUUGUAACGAACAACAGCGUCUCCAGAUUGACGCGUCGUUCCGCCGCAGAUAUACUCGAUACGACCAACCACAGGGUCAGAAGCUAGAAAAGUCGAAAGGGAUAAAGAAGGUCGACUUGUUAUUUGGGCAAACACGCUUCAUGGGCUUGUCGAGCACCAAGCGCGGCCCGGACUUCUGGAGGAUGCAUUUCUCUUCAUGAUCAGCAUUAUUAGCCCGUCGUCGUCGUCUUCCAUAUACCCCCCACUCUCUACUCAUACCCCAAAUAUCUGUACCUGCCAUCACUCCGUCAUAUCAUUGUCCAAGCACCGUAUGAUUUAUCUGUAGCUUAUUCAAUACCUAUAUCAUUUGUAUUACAUGAAAUUGAAACAAUCAUGCC